CCUCCGUCCUUCCAGAGAAAGAAGGAACUUCUGCGCUGCCCUCCCCUUUCCCCCAAAUGCCCCAGCCCUGAAGCAGCCUCACAACUGCCGAGAGACCAGCGGAAGGCCCUGGAGAUCAGGAUGCGGGGGCUACUGGCUACGCUGCUGUUCCUGCAUCUCAGGCAUCCCUUGGAGGCUGCCUGCCCUCCAGACAACCUGAUUACCCAAACCAGCUCCUCGGGUGCUCUGAGCUGGGAGCGGCUGGAUGCCUCAAAGACCUAUGUGAACCUCAGCGGCACAAACGUCACUAGGAUCCAUGGAAUUCCCGGCCGGAAUAGCUCACUGGAGGAGAUGGAUCUGUCCCACAACUGCCUCAGCAGUCUGCCCGUGGGGUUCCUCAAUCACACCACGAAGCUGAAGCGUCUCUUCCUUCAAAGCAACCGUCUCCGUCAGCUCCCGCCUGCAUUCUUUGAGGAAACAUGCCACCUGAAGGAACUGAGGCUAGAGGGAAACCCGCUGCCCUCUGUGCCCUCCAGCCUGUUCCGUCUCUGCCUGGAGACCCUCAGCGUGGACUGCCACUGUGCCAUGACCAGGAGCAUCUCCGACUAUUGCCAGCGGCGCAACUGCACACAGAGCAUCUUGUGCCAGUGUUCCUCCCCUCAGGGCUUCCUCAACGUCACGGACUUCCAUGCCCGGCAGUGUCAAGGCUUGUCCGUAGCCGUGUACGCUGCCCUUGCGGUCUCCACCCUGGCUCUGCUACUGGGAGCUGUUGUGGCAUACGUCCUGAUCCGGAGGAGGAAGGGGGCCACCAUGAGCCAGGAGAAAUGGGAGCCCAGCACAUCCAACGGAGCCCCGAGGUACAUCAGCCACACCAGCCCGCAGGUCGACCUGGCGCAGGGCACGGGCAGCCAUGCUGAUUAUGAGAACGUCUUCAUUGGCCAGCCCCAGGAGGCCGGAGGAGGGCACAAGGAGCGGUACAGCAGGAAGCAACCCAAGAGCAGCAGGUCACACCGGAAAGUCCAGAAAGAUGAACCCCCCCAGGGAGAACAGGCCAUCUAUGCCAACACUCAGGAGCUGUACUAUAAUUACGCUGGGACCCCGGCCCCUCCGGAUGAAGACCUCUAUGUCAUGCCAGACCAGUGAAUCUCCCCUCCCCCCCACUGUCUCGCAAUCGUCUCCUGUUAACUUUAAUUACAUUGUGAAACUUUGCUUUCAGUUGGGGAGCUCAUAUCAAGAGCGCUGAAGCCCCCCUCCCAUCUUAGGACUCAGAGAGACAAGCAGCCUUCUUCAGUUGCUGUGGGCCGACAUUCCUCUCCUCUUAAUUUUAUGGCAACAUGCAUUACAUUUCUUUCAUUCCUUCUGAAAGGAAUUGCAUUCCUUCAUUUCAUUCUCUUGUGGAGAAUGAUCCUUCCUUCCAGCUCUCAAAUCCCUCCCCGCAUACACAAACUGUAAGCUCUAGGCAACACAAGAGCCCCGCUGGAUCAGACUAGUGGUCCAUCUAGCCCAGCAUCCUGUGUCACACAG